AUGCCAAAAAAGUCGAGAUUUCAGAAUGUAAAUUUUAACAAAUUUUUCUCAGUUUUUCAUGCAAUUGGUUACGCUCUAUGGCUAAUUUCUUUUAAUUUUAAUGUACUUUGUAACACGAUACUCUUUUAUCACUCAGGUAUCACGUCACUUUGGGAAAAUUUGAAUUUUAUUUUUCGCUUCAAAUGUGUUUUGGGAUAUUUAAUUAUUUAUCCAUUAUCUGUAUCUACAGGCUUUACUUAUUUUGGAUAUCUCUAUACUUGCAAUGUUUUAUUUAAGUUUUUAUAUCUUUGUUUCGUGGAUUCCGUGGACGUUAGAGUCUCAAUACAAAAAUUUUUAGUUAUAGACGUUUGA